UUACUGAGAUCUGUCAUUCCUGGUAUUCCAUACCACUGGUAACAAAAAAAAGGAGAAACAUUGUCACCAAUACUUCUCUGUUGCUGUAGCUAGUGGUUAAACUUGAUUUUCAGCUCUGACCAAUCUAUACCGGUCUAUAAUGAGGUUGGUCUAGUGUGCAUGUUACUUCCGUGUUCAUACCUUGAUACACCUGUGUUAUAACUGCGGUAGAUACUGAACCACCUGUUGCCAUUUAUUGCUAUUUCUACUUCGACAUUAGGCUAUUUUAGUACUUGACGUGCCAUGAGUGCGGAGCCAGAAUCAUGUGAUUUUACACCCGUGUCCUUAUGGGACCACUCAAGCACAGGAGUGGAAUCUAAAGACAGUUCGGAAGACUUUAAUAUGGAUUUACAACAGCCCAUAUUGUCAGCGUUGAAUGCUCUUCAGAUUGAAACUAAUUCAGCUAAGGACGUCUCCGGAAUUUCUGGAAAGGCUGCUAAUACAUUAGCUGUGACUACAUCUGACUCAGAAUCGGGUAUAUUCUCAGGUGAAUCGGAACUCUGCGUGGUGCAUGAUUCAGACCUGGACUGGUUCUGCAGCUCUGAACAAAAACUAAUAUGUUCACAUUGUGCCAUAGUAGGAUCCUGCGUUGGCCACACGGUAACACCCCUGGCAAGCAGAGUGACUGCAAUCCGGAAUCAGCUGGUUGACGUCUGUGAGAAAAUGCAACUGCAGGCCCAGCGCAUUGAGCGCUUCAUCAACCAGACCCUGACUGCCAAAAGAGCGGGGGCCCUGCUGGUUGACGCAAGCCGGGCCCGGGAGCAAGUGGUGGCCCAGGUCAGCCUGGUGAGAGAGGCUCUGGAGGAGGAGGAGCAGAGGCUGCUGGAAGCCAUUCAAAGAGAGGAGGAGAGAGUGGACCAGUGUCUUCUCACUCAGAGAGCCCACUGGGGCCAGGCUUUGGCUUUGCUGACCCAGACACGCACUCGCCUGGUGCACACCCUCACUAACACGCCGGACAUGCAGCUGGCUACCUCUGGACAGGAAAUAGCCGAAAGGAUCGAGGAGGCAGAUGGUGUGGGCGAGCCUCAUGACACUGACCAGCUCAAACUGAAGGCCGGCUGCAAUGACAGUAAACUGAUGAGGGGCCUGUGGGCCAGCGCCAUACUGCUGGGUCCGAAUGCUUGCGGAUCAGCAAAUUUAACCAUCGACGAUCGCACAGUCAGCCCCCUGCUGUCCGUGUCAGAAGACCUUUGCACUCUGACCUUCCUGCCCAAGCGCUCACGCCAGUCCCCACCCUACAACCCAGCCCGCUUUGACUGCUGGCCCAAUGCCCUGGGCACACUGACCAUCUCCUCUGGCACCCACAACUGGCUGAUGGACGUGGGUGAGAGCGGUGCUUUCAAAUUGGGGGUAUGCUACGCCAGUAUGGGGCGCAAGGGCUCGGGCAAUGACUCCCGUCUGGGCUACAAUGCCCAGUCAUGGGUACUCUCCAAAUAUGAUGGGGAUUUCUCCUUCUGCCAUGCGGGGAAGAAUACACCCCUGCGUGUGGUCCUCAAGCCCAAGAUCCUAGGACUGCUCGUGGACUGGCCCAGUCAGACUCUGGUAUUUUAUGACCCAGACUCCAGUGCCGUGUUGCACUCAGUCAGACAUGUCUUCAGUGCCCCAUUGCUUCCUGCAUUUGCUGUGGCUGAUCGCAGUGUUACCAUACUGCACUAACCACUGAAUGUACCUCCUGUAGCUCUGUUGAUGGGUAAUACUUUCAUAAAGUAAAAGGAAUGUCAUAUGAGUUGAUAUUGACAUUGUAAGGGCUCCUUAAUGCUUAAAUUAAAAUGAAAUGUACUGACUUCUAAACAAUUAGAAUGUAAUCAAUAUGGCUAAACUGACACCCUUAUGUUUAUCUUCGUAGGAAAGGUAUGCAUUCAGUUCUUUGAUGAGACAAGUCUUUAUAUCCAAUUUUACUGUAGUCCUAUGGAGUGAAGUAUGUCCCUGACCCUAUUUCUUUCAGCUUAAUAUUUAUUGUAGUAUUAUGAUUAUUAGUUCUAAUCAGUUAUGUGAGAUGAAUGUAAGAGACAUUUCCUACCUUGUAGAAAGAAACCUGGCUAACUGCAUGUGCAGGACCGGUUGAUCUGAACGGUGCAGUGUGCUUCCUGUCAUAUGUAUUCAAUAUUUGUGAUGGUCUGGUCUAUCACAAGACAAAAACUUUUCACUAAGUCAAAUGCAAGAUUAAAUACAGGAGACACAAUGUCACUGUCCCACGUGGCCCAGUUAAAAGUAGAUGGUGUUGCAACACCAGCCUUGUGGGUUGGAUUGGCAUGAUGUCGCUCUAGAUGCAAGCUCUGCUAAAUUAUUAAAAUAGAAAUACUAAAAUGAACAGUAGGGGGCAAUGUUGCCCCUGUCCCCCUACCAACUACUAUGUCAAAAGAAUGCUUUCAUUUGUUCAAAGUGGGUUAAUCCAUUUUACUAGCAUUCCUGCUGAUUUCUCAAUAUCACGUGUUUCACGUUAGGGCAAUCUGCACUGGGUGCCAAAUGAAUAAAUUGUCAAAGUCAUAAGAUUACGGCCAUACAUUUGACUGAGGUUCAUAGGGGACCAGGAGAGGGCAGCCUAACUGUUUGAGUCAAGGGACAAAUUUCAUUUGGUUGAGAUGUUUUCAUUUUAUGAAACUGUUAUUUAACUGGGUUAGUUAAUUUUGGCCCAAUUUUUAUUUUCAGUGACAUCCUGGCCAAAAGCCUUUAUUUGCAAGACAAGACAGAACAUUGAAAAAUAUUGUAACACUAAAAAUAAAUAAACUGUAUGGUGAAUAAGUUGG